CUGCUGGUGAGCAGCAGGUCGUCGGCCCGCCAAUUAUCCCGCCGGCAUUCGCUGUCGUCGUCCGAGUGCGCUAGAAGAGCUGCUAAAACAGCCUGCUGCUCUCUUGUCAAGUGCCCCCCCCUCGCUCUCUCGUCUGAUCGCCCCCUUGUCGUGGGUGUGGCCUGGUCUCUGCCGCCGCCUCGAAUCGGCGAAAACGGGUGCGACCAACGGAACAGGGGUCCAUGGAUUUUUAGCUCCGCCGCCCGAGAAUUCCUCAACACGCCCACCAACUUCUGUCUCGCUGCUUGUUCGCCAGGCUCCAUCACCGCUUGAUAAACACACCCCCCAAUGCCUGGUGCUGUCUGUCCCUGAAUCUCUUCCCUCUUCUCAACUCGCUUCCCGUGGCAUUCUUCAUUGAAGCUCCACCACCCCUCCUCCUCUUCUCUCUCUUAAUAUCACCCCCUUCUCCCCACACGACGACAACACACACACAACACACUGCAAUUGCAGCCCAGCACGAUCCCACCACCCAUCGUCGCUGCCUCUCUUGACAACUUGAUACCCGUUGUUCCUUCCCUUUUGCCUAGAGAUACCCAUUGACCCCUCUCCGACCAUCUGACCUCACAUCCGCCCUUGAAUCCAACUCAUCUCGCCUCAAACCACCCCUCGUGUUUUUCGCAUUCUGCUCACGACACCACCCCCAAAAAAAACCUUCACCAUGCGUCCCGAGAUCGAGCAGGAGCUCUCGCACACCCUGCUCAUCGAGCUCCUCGCAUACCAAUUCGCCUCUCCCGUGAGAUGGAUCGAGACGCAGGAUGUCGUUCUCGGCGAGAAGACGACGGAGCGUAUCGUCGAAAUCGGUCCCGCAGACACACUCGGCGUAAUGGCCAAACGCACACUGGCGUCAAAAUAUGAGGCCCACGAUGCCGCUCUCUCGGUGCAGCGUCAGAUUCUCUGCUACAACAAGGACGCGAAGGACAUUUACUACGAUGUAGACCCCGUAGAGGAGGAGCCAGAACCCGCGGCCGCCUCUGCUAGCGAUGCUCCUGCGUCCUCUUCUGCUGCACCCGCUGCAGCUGCCGUAGCAGCAGCCCCUCCACCCCCCAGCGCUGGUCCCGCGGCCGCCGUCGCCGAUGCUCCCGUCACCGCUACAGAUAUCCUCCGCGCUCUCAUCGCUCAAAAGCUGAAAAAGCCAUUGGCCGAUGUGCCAUUGAGCAAAGCCAUCAAGGAUUUGGUUGGAGGCAAAUCAACUCUCCAAAACGAAAUCCUUGGUGAUUUGGGCAAAGAGUUCGGCUCCACCCCGGAAAAGCCCGAAGACGUCCCUCUGGAUGAGCUCGGUGCUGCGAUGCAGGCCACCUUCAAUGGUCAGCUUGGCAAGCAGUCUUCCUCGCUCAUUGCCCGCUUGGUAUCCUCCAAGAUGCCCGGUGGUUUCAACAUCACAGCUGUGCGAAAGCACCUCGAGAACCGCUGGGGCUUGGGUCAAGGCCGACAAGACGGCGUGCUGCUGCUUGCCCUCACCAACGAGCCUGCCGCCCGUCUCGGCUCCGAGAACGAUGGAAAGGCCUGGUUGGACGAGCAGGCCAACAAGUAUGCUGCCGCCGCUGGCAUCAGCUUGUCAUCGCCCGCCGCUGGUGGAGAUGCCGGUGGUGCUGCUGGUGGCAUGAUGAUGGAUCCCGCUGCUAUUGAUGCCCUCACCAAGGACCAGCGUGCUCUCUUCAAGCAGCAGCUCGAGCUGUUUGCGCGCUACCUCAAGAUCGACCUCCGGUCUGGUGAUAAGGCUUUCCUCGAUUCUCAGAAGGCCUCGUCUGCGCUCCAGGCCCAGCUGGAUCUGUGGAAUGCCGAGCACGGCGACUUUUACGCUGCCGGAAUCGAGCCUCAAUUCACCUCCCUGAAGGCUCGCGUCUACGACUCCUCGUGGAAUUGGGCACGCCAGGAUGCGCUCAGCAUGUACUACGACAUUAUUUUCGGGCGCCUCAAGGCUGUGGACCGUGAAAUCGUCAGCCGCUGCAUCCAGAUCAUGAACCGCUCGAACCCUCUGCUGCUCGACUUCAUGCAGUAUCACAUCGAUCACUGCCCCACAGAGCGCGGUGAGACGUAUGAGCUUGCCAAGGAACUUGGUCAACAGCUCAUCGAGAACUGUAAGGAUGUUCUCAACGAGGCACCCGUUUUCAAAGAUGUCGCCAUGCCUACUGCCCCUCAUCUUGACAUUGAUGUCAAGGGUAGCCUGAACUACGCCGAAGUGCCCAGACCAAGCGUUCGUAAGCUCGAGCACUACGUUCGGGAGAUGGCCGAAGGAGGAAAACUCUCCGAGUACGGCAACCGCACCAAGGUGCAGAAUGAUCUGCAGCGCAUAUACAAGCUCAUCAAGCAGCAACACAAGCUUUCCAAAUCUUCCCAGCUGCAGAUCAAGAGUUUGUACAGCAAUGUCAUUCGUUCUCUGUCCAUGAACGAAGGCCAGAUUAUUCCCAACGAGAAUGGCAAGGCUGUCAACGGACUCGGAAAGAAGGGUCGCAACGGCCGCGUCGCACCGGCUAAGCAGGGCAAGGUGGAGACCAUUCCUUUCUUGCACUUGAAGAGAAAGGAUGAUCACGGCUGGGAAUACAGCAAGAAGCUUACCGGCAUUUAUCUCGACGGUCUCGAGAGCGCCGCCAAGGACGGUGUCACCUUCCAGGGCAAGUAUGCGCUCAUGACGGGUGCCGGUGCAGGUUCCAUUGGUGCCGAGGUGCUCCAGGGCCUCAUCAGCGGUGGAGCCAAGGUGCUCGUCACCACUUCCCGCUUCUCUCGCGAAGUCAACGAGUACUACCAGUCCAUGUACACUCGCUAUGGUGCUCGUGGCUCCCAGCUCAUCGUGGUACCUUUCAACCAAGGCAGCAAGCAGGAUGUUGAUGCGCUUGUGGAUUACAUCUUCGACACCAAGAACGGUCUCGGCUGGGACCUGGACUAUGUUGUUCCCUUCGCUGCCAUUUCUGAGAAUGGCCGUGAGAUUGACGGAAUCGACUCCAAGUCCGAGCUUGCUCAUCGCAUCAUGUUGACCAACCUUCUCCGCCUUCUUGGUGCUGUCAAAUCACAAAAGGCCGCGCACGGCUACGAGACACGUCCUGCGCAGGUCAUCCUGCCGCUAUCCCCCAACCACGGUACCUUUGGUAACGACGGUCUCUACGCCGAAUCCAAGAUUGCUCUUGAGACUCUCUUCAGCCGCUGGCACUCUGAAAGCUGGGGCAACUUCCUCACCAUUUGCGGAGCCGUUAUCGGUUGGACCCGUGGUACUGGUCUCAUGGCAGGCAACAACAUCGUCGCUGAGGGCAUUGAGAAGUACGGUGUACGAACCUUCUCUCAGCAAGAAAUGGCCUUCAAUCUUCUUGGCCUCAUGUCUCCUUCAAUUGUCAACCUUUGCCAGGUUGAGCCAGUCUGGGCCGAUCUCAAUGGUGGUUUCCAAUACAUUCCCAACCUCAAGGAUUUGAUGACCGAUCUUCGCAAAGAGUACAUGGAGACGAGCGAGGUACGCAAGGCUGUCAUCAAGGAGAAUGCGAUUGAAAACAAGAUCGUCAACGGCGAGGCUAGCGAGGCUUUGUACAAAAAGGCCACGAUCCAGCCAAGGGCGAACAUGAAGUUCGACUUCCCCAAGCUCCCCAACUGGGAAAACGAAGUGAAGCCUCUCAACAAUGACCUCAAGGGCAUGGUCGAUCUCGAGAAGGUUGUCGUCGUCACAGGUUUCGCCGAGAUUGGUCCCUGGGGUAACUCCAGAACCCGCUGGGAAAUGGAAGCCUAUGGCGAGUUCUCGAUCGAGGGCUGCGUCGAAAUGGCCUGGAUGAUGGGUCUCAUCAAGAACCACAACGGCCCGCUCAAGGGUAAAAGCUACUCUGGCUGGGUCGAUACCAAGUCUGGAGAGCCCGUGGACGACAAGGAUGUGAAGGCCAAGUAUGAGAAGCACAUUCUAGAGCACUCUGGUAUCCGCCUGAUCGAGCCUGAACUGUUCGGCGGCUAUGAUCCCAAGAAGAAGCAAUUGCUUCAGGAAAUCCAGAUCGAGGAGGACUUGGAUCCUUUCGAGACGUCCAAGGAGACUGCCGACGAUUUCAAGCGCCAGCACGGUGAACAUGUUGAGAUUUUCGAGAUACCCGAUUCUGGCGAGUACACUGUACGUCUCAGGAAGGGUGCUACUCUUCUCAUUCCCAAGGCCUUACGCUUUGACCGUCUUGUCGCUGGUCAAGUGCCUACCGGCUGGGACGCCAAGAAAUACGGUAUUCCCGAGGACAUCAUCUCUCAAGUCGACCCCGUCACCCUCUACGUGCUUGUGUCUACUGCCGAAUGCUUGCUCUGCAGUGGUAUCACCGACCCAUACGAGUUCUACAAGUAUGUCCACCUCUCCGAAGUCGGCAACUGUAUCGGUUCCGGUAUUGGUGGUACGUCUGCUCUCCGUGGCAUGUACAAGGAUCGUUACCUCGACAAGCCUGUGCAGAAGGAUAUUCUCCAGGAGUCUUUUAUCAACACCAUGAGCGCGUGGAUCAACAUGUUGCUCAUGUCAUCCACUGGUCCCAUCAAGACCCCAGUAGGUGCUUGCGCUACUGCUGUUGAGUCCAUCGACAUCGGUUACGAUACUAUCAUGGAGGGCAAAGCUCGUGUCUGCUUUGUGGGUGGUUUUGAUGACUUCCAGGAGGAAGGAUCUUAUGAAUUCGCCAACAUGAAAGCCACCAGCAACGCCGAAGACGAAUUCGCUCAUGGCCGCACUCCCCGCGAAAUGUCCCGCCCUACUACGACGACCAGGAACGGCUUUAUGGAGUCGCAGGGUUGCGGUAUGCAGGUCAUCAUGGAUGCCCGACUCGCCCUCGACAUGGGUGUGCCCAUCUACGGUAUUGUGGCUUUCACUGCAACGGCUACAGACAAGAUUGGCCGCUCCGUUCCUGCCCCAGGCAAGGGUGUACUGACCACUGCUCGUGAGCAGCCCGGCAAGUUCCCCUCACCUUUGCUCGACAUCAAGUACAGGAAGAGGCAGAUGGAUCUUCGACGACGACAGAUCAAGCAGUGGCACGAAUCCGAGCUCCUGUACCUGCAGGAGGAAGUCUCUGCCAUGAAGGACGCAGCCCAGGAAUUCGACGAGUCCGAAUACCUCCAAGAGCGCGCCGCUCACAUUGAGCGCGAGGCCAAGCGCCAGGAGAAGGAUGCCCUCAACAGCUUGGGCAAUGCCUUCUGGAAGCAAGAUUCCCGCAUUGCUCCUCUCCGUGGUGCUCUCGCGACUUGGGGUCUUACCAUUGACGAUCUCGACGUGGCCUCUUUCCACGGCACAUCGACUGUCGCCAACGACAAGAACGAGUCAGACGUUGUCUGCGAGCAAAUGCGCCAUCUUGGCCGCACCAAGGGCAAUGCUGUGCUCGGUAUCUUCCAGAAGUACCUUACGGGUCACCCCAAGGGUGCUGCUGGUGCCUUCAUGUUCAACGGUUGUUUGCAGGUCCUGAACACGGGCUUGGUCCCAGGCAACCGAAAUGCCGACAAUGUCGACAAGGUCAUGGAACAGUACGAGUACAUCGUCUACCCCUCGCGACCGAUCCAGACGGACGGUGUCAAGGCUUUCUCCGUCACCUCCUUUGGUUUCGGCCAGAAGGGCACCCAAGCUAUUGGUAUUCACCCCAAGUACCUGUACGCUGCCCUUGAGCACACCGAAUUUGCUACGUACAAGCAGAAGGUUGAGGCCCGCCAAAAGAAGGCUUACCGAUACUUCCACGACGGUCUCAUUAACAACACCAUCUUCCGUGCCAAGGACAAGUCGCCUUACGAGGAUGACAAGAUGAAGGAGGUUUUCUUGAACCCACGUGCUCGCGUCGAGGUCGAGUCUAAGACGUCAACCUACGUCUUCCCCAAGGUCCUCAACACGGUUCCCGCCAAAGACGCAAAGUCCCAGGAGACGAUGAAGAUGCUCGAGUCGAUAACGCAAGCAUCUGCCUCGGCCAAUACCAAGAUCGGCGUGGAUGUUGAGAAAAUCGAUGCCGUCAACAUCGAGAACGAGACGUUUGUCGAGCGCAACUUCACCUCGCAGGAGAUUGCGUACUGCCAGAAAGCCGCCAGCCCACAGUCAAGCUUCGCUGGUAGGUGGUCUGCAAAGGAGGCGGUUUUCAAGUCCCUCGGCGUCAAGAGCCAGGGUGCUGGUGCCGCUCUAAAGGAUAUCGAAAUCACGAGCGAUGCCAAUGGCGCCCCAUCUGUCAAGCUUCACGGUGUUGCCGAAGAAGAGGCCAAGCGCGCUGGCGUCAAGAAGGUCAGCAUCAGCAUUAGCCAUUCGGACGAUCAGGCCGUUGCAGUGGCUGUCGCAAGCUUCUAG